UCCAGUCUCUAUUCCCACUGGUCAGUAUUCUACCAGUCCAGUCUCUAUUCCCACUGGUCAGUAUUCUACCAGUCCAGUCUCUAUUCCCACUGGUCAGUAUUCUACCAGUCCAGUCUCUAUUCCCACUGGUCAGUAUUCUACCAGUCCAGUCUCUAUAUCCACUGGUCAGUAUUCUACCAGUCCAGUCUCUAUUCCCACUGGUCAGUAUUCUACCAGUCCAGUCUCUAUAUCCACUGGUCAGUAUUCUACCAGUCCAGUCUCUAUUCCCAUGGUCAGUAUUCUACCAGUCCAGUCUCUAUUCCCACUGGUCAGUAUUCUACCAGUCCAGUCUCUAUCCUAUGGUCAGUAUUCUACAGUCCAGUCUCUAUUCCCACUGGUCAGUAUUCUACCAGUCCAGUCUCUAUUCCCACUGGUCAGUAUUCUACCAGUAUGUUUCCAGUCUCUAUUCCCACUGGUCAGUAUUCUACCAGUCCAGUCUCUAUAUCCACUGGUCAGUAUUCUACCAGUCCAGUCUCUAUAUCCACUGGUCAGUAUUCUACCAGUCCAGUCUCUAUUCCCACUGGUCAGUAUUCUACCAGUCCAGUCUCUAUUCCCACUGGUCAGUAUUCUACCAGUCCAGUCUCUAUUCCACUGGUCAGUAUUCUACCAGUCCAGUCUCUAUUCCCACUGGUCAGUAUUCUACCAGUCCAGUCUCUAUAUCCACUGGUCAGUAUUCUACCAGUCCAGUCUCUAUUCCCACUGGUCAGUAUUCUACCAGUCCAGUCUCUAUAUCCACUGGUCAGUAUUCUACCAGUCCAGUCUCUAUUCCCACUGGUCAGUAUUCUACCAGUCCAGUCUCUAUAUCCCACUGGUCAGUAUUCUAACAGUCCAGUCUCUAUUCCACUGGUCAGUAUUCUACCAGUCCAGUCUCUAUUCCCACUGGUCAGUAUUCUACCAGUCCAGUCUCUAUUCCCACUGGUCAGUAUUCUACCAGUCCAGUCUCUAUUCCCACUGGUCAGUAUUCUACCAGUCCAGUCUCUAUUCCCACUGGUCAGUAUUCUACCAGUCCAGUCUCUAUUCCCACUGGUCAGUAUUCUACCAGUCCAGUCUCUAUAUCCACUGGUCAGUAUUCUAACAGUCCAGUCUCUAUAUCCACUGGUCAGUAUUCUAACAGUCCAGUCUCUAUAUCCCACUGGUCAGUAUUCUAACAGUCCAGUCUCUAUUCCCACUGGUCAGUAUUCUAACCAGUCCAGUCUCUAUAUCCACUGGUCAGUAUUCUACCAGUCCAGUCUCUAUAUCCACUGGUCAGUAUUCUACCAGUCCAGUCUCUAUUCCCACUGGUCAGUAUUCUACCAGUCCAGUCUCUAUAUCCACUGGUCAGUAUUCUACCAGUCCAGUCUCUAUUCCCACUGGUCAGUAUUCUACCAGUCCAGUCUCUAUUCCCACUGGUCAGUAUUCUACCAGUCCAGUCUCUAUUCCCACUGGUCAGUAUUCUACCAGUUCCCACUGGUCAGUAUUCUACCAGUCCAGUCUCUAUUCCUAUUGGUCAGUAUUCUAACAGUCCAGUCUCUAUUCCCACUGGUCAGUAUUCUACCAGUAUGUUUCCAGUCUCUAUUCCCACUGGUCAGUAUUCUACCAGUCCAGUCUCUAUAUCCACUGGUCAGUAUUCUACCAGUCCAGUCUCUAUAUCCACUGGUCAGUAUUCUACCAGUCCAGUCUCUAUUCCCACUGGUCAGUAUUCUACCAGUCCAGUCUCUAUUCCCACUGGUCAGUAUUCUACCAGUCCAGUCUCUAUAUCCACUGGUCAGUAUUCUAACAGUCCAGUCUCUAUUCCCACUGGUCAGUAUUCUACCAGUCCAGUCUCUAUUCCCACUGGUCAGUAUUCUACCAGUCCAGUCUCUAUAUCCACUGGUCAGUAUUCUACCAGUCCAGUCUCUAUUCCCUCUGGUCAGUAUUCUAACAGUCCAGUCUCUAUUCCCACUGGUCAGUAUUCUACCAGUCCAGUCUCUAUAUCCACUGGUCAGUAUUCUACGAGUCCAGUCUCUAUAUCCACUGGUCAGUAUUCUACCAGUCCAGUCUCUAUUCCCACUGGUCAGUAUUCUACCAGUCCAGUCUCUAUUCCCUCUGGUCAGUAUUCUACCAGUCCAGUCUCUAUUCCCACUGGUCAGUAUUCUACCAGUCCAGUCUCUAUAUCCACUGGUCAGUAUUCUACCAGUCCAGUCUCUAUAUCCACUGGUCAGUAUUCUACCAGUCCAGUCUCUAUUCCCACUGGUCAGUAUUCUACCAGUCCAGUCUCUAUUCCCACUGGUCAGUAUUCUACCAGUCCAGUCUCUAUUCCCACUGGUCAGUAUUCUACCAGUCCAGUCUCUAUAUCCACUGGUCAGUAUUCUAACAGUCCAGUCUCUAUUCCCACUGGUCAGUAUUCUAACAGUCCAGUCUCUAUAUCCACUGGUCAGUAUUCUACCAGUCCAGUCUCUAUUCCCACUGGUCAGUAUUCUACCAGUCCAGUCUCUAUAUCCACUGGUCAGUAUUCUACCAGUCCAGUCUCUAUUCCCCUGGUCAGUAUUCUACCAGUCCCAGUCUCUAUUCCCUUGGUCAGUAUUCUAACCAGUCCAGUCUCAUUCCCACUGGUCAGUAUUCUACCAGUCCAGUCCUCUAUAUCCACUGGUCAGUAUUCUACCAGUCCAGUCUCUAUAUCCACUGGUCAGUAUUCUACCAGUCCAGUCUCUAUUCCCACUGGUCAGUAUUCUACCAGUCCAGUCUCUAUAUCCACUGGUCAGUAUUCUACCAGUCCAGUCUUAUUCCCACUGGUCAGUAUUCUACCAGUCCAGUCUCUAUUCCCACUGGUCAGUAUUCUACAGUCCAGUCUCUAUUCCAUUGGUCAGUAUUCUACCAGUCCAGUCUCUAUUCCCACUGGUCAGUAUUCUACCAGUAUGUUUCCAGUCUCUAUUCCCACUGGUCAGUAUUCUACCAGUCCAGUCUCUAUAUCCACUGGUCAGUAUUCUACCAGUCAGUCUCUAUUCCACUGGUCAGUAUUCUACCAGUCCAGUCUCUUUCCCACUGGUCAGUAUUCUACCAGUCCAGUCUCUAUUCCCACUGGUCAGUAUUCUACCAGUCCAGGUCUCUAUAUCCACUGGUCAGUAUUCUACCAGUCCAGUCUCUAUUCCCACUGGUCAGUAUUCUACCAGUCCAGUCUCUAUUCCAUGGUAAGUAUUCUACCAGUCCAGUCUCUAUUCCCACUGGUCCAGUAUUCUACCAGUCCCAGUCUCUCAUAUCCACUGGUCAGUAUUCUACCAGUCCAGUCUCUAUUCCCACUGGUCAGUAUUCUACCAGUCCAGUCUCUAUUCCCACUGGUCAGUAUUCUACCAGUCCAGUCUCUAUUCCCACUGGUCAGUAUUCUACCAGUCCAGUCUCUAUAUCCACUGGUCAGUAUUCUACCAGUCCAGUCUCUAUUCCCAACUGGUCAGUAUUCUACCAGUCCAGUCUCUAUUCCCAUGGUCAGUAUUCUACCAGUCCAGUCUCUAUAUCCACUGGUCAGUAUUCUACCAGUCCAGUCUCUAUUCCCACUGGUCAGUAUUCUACCAGUCCAGUCUCUAUUCCCACUGGUCAGUAUUCUACCAGUCCAGUCUCUAUAUCCACUGGUCAGUAUUCUACCAGUCCAGUCUCUAUUCCCACUGGUCAGUAUUCUACCAGUCCAGUCUCUAUAUCCACUGGUCAGUAUUCUAACAGUCCAGUCUCUAUUCCCACUGGUCAGUAUUCUAACCAGUCCAGUCUCUAUAUCCCACUGGUCAGUAUUCUACCAGUCCAGUCUCUAUUCCCACUGGUCAGUAUUCUACCAGUCCAGUCUCUAUAUCCACUGGUCAGUAUUCUACCAGUCCAGUCUCUAUAUCCACUGGUCAGUAUUCUACCAGUCCAGUCUCUAUAUCCACUGGUCAGUAUUCUACCAGUCCAGUCUCUAUUCCCACUGGUCAGUAUUCUACCAGUCCAGUCUCUAUAUCCACUGGUCAGUAUUCUACCAGUCCAGUCUCUAUUCCCACUGGUCAGUAUUCUACCAGUCCAGUCUCUAUUCCCACUGGUCAGUAUUCUACCAGUCCAGUCUCUAUAUCCACUGGUCAGUAUUCUACCAGUCCAGUCUCUAUAUCCACUGGUCAGUAUUCUACCAGUCCAGUCUCUAUAUCCUCUGGUCAGUAUUCUACCAGUCCAGUCUCUAUUCCCACUGGUCAGUAUUCUACCAGUCCAGUCUCUAUUCCCACUGGUCAGUAUUCUACCAGUCCAGUCUCUAUAUCCACUGGUCAGUAUUCUACCAGUCCAGUCUCUAUUCCCACUGGUCAGUAUUCUACCAGUCCAGUCUCUAUUCCCACUGGUCAGUAUUCUACCAGUCCAGUCUCUAUUCCCAUCUGGUCAGUAUUCUAACAGUCCAGUCUCUAUAUCCACUGGUCAGUAUUCUACCAGUCUAGUCUCUAUUCCCACUGGUCAGUAUUCUACCAGUCCAGUCUCUAUAUCCACUGGUCAGUAUUCUACCAGUCCAGUCUCUAUUCCCACUGGUCAGUAUUCUAACAGUCCAGUUUCUAUUCCCACUGGUCAGUAUUCUACCAGUCCAGUCUCUAUAUCCACUGGUCAGUAUUCUACCAGUCCAGUCUCUAUUCCCACUGGUCAGUAUUCUAACAGUCCAGUUUCUAUUCCCACUGGUCAGUAUUCUAACAGUCCAGUCUCUAUUCCCUCUGGUCAGUAUUCUACCAGUCCAGUCUCUAUUCCCACUGGUCAGUAUUCUACCAGUCCAGUCUCUAUUCCCACUGGUCAGUAUUCUAACCAGUCCAGUCUCUAUCCCACUGGUCAGUAUUCUACCAGUCCAGUCUCUAUAUCCACUGGUCAGUAUUCUACCAGUCCAGUCUCUAUUCCCACUGGUCAGUAUUCUACCAGUCCAGUCUCUAUUCCCACUGGUCAGUAUUCUACCAGUCCAGUCUCUAUAUCCACUGGUCAGUAUUCUACCAGUCCAGUCUCUAUUCCCUCUGGUCAGUAUUCUACCAGUCCAGUCUCUAUAUCCCACUGGUCAGUAUUCUACCAGUCCAUUCCCUCUGGUUUUACCAGUCCAGUUAUUUCCCACUGGUCAGUAUUCUACCAGUCCAGUCUCUAUUCCCACUGGUCAGUAUUCUACCAGUCCAGUCCUAUUCCCACUGGUCAGUAUUCAUACCAGUCCAGUCUCUAUAUCCACUGGUCAGUAUUCUACCAGUCCAGUCUCUAUUCCACUGGUCAGUAUUCUACCAGUCCAGUCUCUAUCCCACUGGUCAGUAUUCUACCAGUUCCAGUCUCUAUCCCCACUGGUCAGUAUUCUACCAGUCCAGUCUCUAUUCCCACUGGUCAGUAUUCUACAGUCCAGUCUCUAUUCCCAUGGUCAGUAUUCUACAGUCAGUCUCUAUAUCCACUGGUCAGUAUUCUACCAGUCCAGUCUCUAUAUCCACUGGUCAGUAUUCUACCAGUCCAGUCUCUAUUCCCACUGGUCAGUAUUCUACCAGUCCCAGUCUCUAUAUCACUGGUCAGUAUUCUACCAGUCCAGUCUCUAUAUCCACUGGUCAGUAUUCUACCAGUCCAGUCUUUAUUCCCACUGGUCAGUAUUCUACCAGUCCAGUCUCUAUAUCCACUGGUCAGUAUUCUACCAGUCCAGUCUCUAUUGGUCAGUAUUCUACCAGUCCAGUCUCUAUAUCCACUGGUCAGUAUUCUACCAGUCCAGUCUCUAUUCCCAC